GCUUCGCGCACAACGGACAUGCUCACACCUGGCCUGCGAUUAAUUCUCCGCUUCUUCGUCAACAACCUGAUUCCGGUCUCUUCCGUGUGGCUGCUCUCGCGUCUGUUGACUGUGUAUAAUGAGUCCCUUCACAUCUCUAGCGGGCUCGUAGCACUCGCCGCAUUCCUGAGCAUCCCGACAUUAUUUGCGUUCCGUAUCACCUUCAAGAACCUGCGUACGCGCAGGGCUGCCCAGCGCAUGGGCGCGAUUCUCCCGCCUCGAUGGGACGGGCGCUCCUUGGGGAACUUUGACAUACUUCAGCAUACCGUCGACCGGUUCCAGAACGGCUACAUCGGUGAAGGCAUCUGGGACAAAAUCGACGAACUCGGACACCUGCACUCCAUCGACAUACUAUGGAAUCGUAUGUACGCCACGAACGAUGCAGACGUCUUGAAGACCAUACUAGCCACCGAUUUCGCCAACUUUGCGAAAGGUGAAGGCUUACGCGAGACGCUAAAUUCCGUCCUCGGAACGGGAGUGUUCAACGCUGACGGUGACUUGUGGAAGUUCCACCGCACCAUGACUCGGCCCUACUUUUCUCGAGACAGAAUAUCUCACUUCGAGCUCUUUGAUGCGCAUGCGACCGUCGCCAUCGACAAGAUGAAGGAACGCUUCCAGGACGGGCACGCGGUGGACUUCCAGGACUUAAUCAACCGCUUCGCUUUGGACAGUGCGACCGAGUUUCUGUUUGGCACCUCCGUCCACAGCCUGAAGAGCGAGCUACCAUACGCACACAACGACAGCGUCUACUCUCAAUUCGCUCGACCGCACGACUCUGCAGAAAAGUUCUCGCAUGCAGUAUUCGGUGUGCAGGAGGCCCUGGCUAUGCGCCUACGGCUCGGCGGGAUAUGGCCUCUGCAGGAGAUCCGGCGUGAUGCGUCGGCGGAACAUAUGCAGAUCAUCGAUGAGUUCCUGCAACCCAUCCUGACCCAGGCCAUUGCGAAGAACCGCAACACGGGUGUGUCGAAGGGCGCGGAGAAGCAGGAAGAGGAGCACGAAACUCUCCUGGACCACUUGGUGAAGCUCACGGAUGAUCCCGUCCUGCUACACGACGAGACUUUGAACAUCCUGAUCGCUGGUAGAGAUACAACCGCAUCUACGCUUAGUUUGGUAGUGUACAUGAUGUGCCUCUACCCCGACGUUUUCAAACGACUGCGAGCCGAGGUACUUGAAACUCUUGGUUCGAGCCAAACUCCGACCUUCGACGACGUUAGGAAAAUGAAGUACCUACGGGCCGUCAUUAAUGAAACUUUACGGUUGUACCCGAUUGUGCCUUUCAACGCUCGUGUCGCUGUCAAUGACACCACCCUGCCCAAUCCUACCGACCCCACCGGUCCACGCGUAUUUGUGCCCGCUAACACGGUUGUGGCGUACUCUGUGCUCUUGAUGCAGCGGCGCAAGGACUAUUGGGGCCCCGACGCUCUGUCUUUCGACCCGGAUCGGUGGCUCGACGAGCGGUUGAACAAGUAUUUCGCCCGGAACCCGUUCAUCUUCAUCCCGUUCAACGCGGGCCCUCGGAUAUGCUUGGGACAGCAGUUCGCCUACAACGAGAUGUCGUUCUUCCUCAUUCGUCUCUUGCAGAAUUUCUCGUCCCUGGAAAUGGACUUGGCUGCUCAGCCACUAGACUCGCGUGCGCCUCGCGAGUGGGCGAGCGCGGAGGGACAACAAGGGAGGGAGAAGAUCAUCCCUAAGUGUCUGCUCACGCUGUUCUUGAAAGGUGGUCUUUGGGUGAGGAUGUCCGAGGAGUGAACCCUUUGAAGAGGCCGCGGGUGAUGCCCACCUACGCGUUCUAGGCAAGUAUUUACGGAUCGACAUGAUGGCGUAAUCGCGUCUGUACUAUAGGCUUGGUAUUGUAUAACACCCCCACUCAAGGAACGGAUCGACAAUGUCAAACACAGCAACAUGA